AUGUUGCGACAGGCUUUGCUUCUGGUGAUAUUGGCAAGCUGCGUCUUUGCCGCCUGCAAGUUCAGCAGGGGAAAGGUGCAUUCAAGCUGGAAGGUCAGCAACGGACGUGUGACGAUCUCGUUCGAGAAUAGUGGAAUCGACGAGCGGGAAUUCACAGGAAUCGCCUUUGGCGAGAGCAUGUACAACUUGGAAUUUGUUCUCUUCAAAAUCGUGAAUGGAAAGGCGACCGUGGAAACGGGAGCUACGAAUGAUUAUGCUCCACCCGAGCGUCUCGAUUCGUCGCCUGCUGUUCGAGUUGAGGAGCUUCAAUGGGACGACGGCCGGCUUUCGGCCACAAUCUCGAGGCCGAUCGGAUCCGCUGGACCCCGUAGACACUCGCUGGAGGAGCCGCAAAACUGGAACUUCAUUUCCGUCGGAGAUGUCGAGGUGGCGGAUCGCGGAAACGGCCCAGAGCACCUAAUUGGUGCUCACCGAUCCCGACCGGAAACGAUCCUCGUCGACUUGAGCAGCUGC